CCCUCUGUUGAUCUUUAAAACCCUCUGAUGGUCCUCAGUAGAAUCCUCUGUUGGUUCUCAGUAGAACCCUCUGUUGGUCUUUAAAACCCUCUGAUGGUUCUCAGUAGAACCCUCUGUUGAUCUUUAAAACCCUCUGAUGGUUCUCAGUAGAACCCUCUGUUGAUCUUUAAAACCCUCUGAUGGUCCUCAGUAGAACCCUCUGAUGGUUCUCAGUAGAACCCUCUGUUGGUCUUUAGAAACCUCUGAUGGUUCUCAGUAGAACCCUCUGUUGGUCUUUAAAACCCUCUGAUGGUCCUCAGUAGAACCCUCUCUUGGUUCUCAGUAGAACCCUCUGUUGGUCUUUAGAAACCUCUGAUGGUUCUCAGUAGAACCCUCUGUUGUCUUUAAAACCCUCUGAUGGUCCUCAGUAGAACCCUCUCUUGGUUCUCAGUAGAACCCUCUGUUGGUCUUUAGAAUCCUCUGUUGGUUCUCGGUAGAACCCUCUGUUGGUCUUUAGAACCCUCUGUUGGUCUCAGUAGAAUCCUCUUUUGGUCUUUAGAACCCUCUGUUGGUUCUCAGUAGAACCCUCUGUUGGUCUUUAGAACCCUCUGUUGGUUCUCAGUAGAACCCUCUGUUGGUCUUUAGAACCCUCUGAUGGUCCUCAGUAGAACCCUCUGUUGGUCUUUUGAACCCUCCGUCGGUCCUCGGUAGAACCCUCCGCCGGUCCUCAGUAGAGCCCUCUGUUGGUCUUAAGAGCCCUCUGUUGGUCCUCAGUAGAACCCUCUGUUGGUCCUUGGUAGAACCCUCCGCCGGUCCUCGGUAGAGCCCUCUGUUGGUCCUCGGUAGAACCCUCUGUUGGUUCUCGGUAGAAUCCUCUGUUGGUCCUCAGUAGAACCCUCCGCCGGUCCUCGGUAGAACCCUCUGUUGGUCCUCGGUAGAACCCUCUGUUGGUCCUCAGUAGAACCUCCAGUGUUCAGAGUGGAGCUGAUGGUGAGUUCUACUUUUCUUCACGUCUUUUUUCUACUCUUUGAAUGAGGCGCAUGCGCAGACGGUCGGAAUGUGUCCGCAGCAGACGGAUGUUUUAAUGAGCAGAAAACAGCGAACAGAGAGAAUUUAAACCGACUGUCAGCGUUGAUACGACUUUACGGAACAUUUACGGAAGCUUCUGUAUUUAAACGUCACCGAGGUCGGUGUGAUGCCUGAAGGAUCUCGCAGCUCCUCCUGUGACGUCCCGAUGGGUGAAGAGUCCCCCCGCCUGUCCAUCGCCUCCAUCAGCAGUAAUGAGCGCGCUCCGUCGGCGACACCCUCCGACUCCUCUGACCUGCCGUCGUCAGGGCAACGCCCGGUGAGCCUGAUCUCCACGCUGUCCUCGGGGUCGGGAUCCUCCCGAGACGACGUCGCUCAGCCGCCGCCGCCGCCCUCGCUGUCCUCCGAUCCCGACAUCGACCUGGACCUGAGCCCCGCGGAGGGCGAGCAGCCGUGGCCACGCCCGCUACCUGACGGGAAGGGGCGGAGCCUCGACCUCACGAACAACAACAACAACAAAGAGACGACGACGACGCCGAGCCGCGCCUCCAGCCGCCGCCAGCAGCAGCAGCAGGCGUCGCCGUUCAUCGCCAGGAGCAUGGCGCCCAACCCUCAGCUGACCUACCUGGACCGCGUCGUCAUGGAGAUCAUCGAGACGGAGAGGAUGUACGUCAGAGACCUGCGAAUGAUCGUAGAGGACUACCUGGCUCACAUCAUCGAUCAGUCAGACUUAUCGAUCCGUCCGGAGCAGGUCUGCGCUCUGUUCGGAAACAUCGAGGACAUCUACGAGUUCAACAGCGAGCUGCUUCAGGCUCUGGAUCUGUGUGACAACGACCCCGUCGCCGUCGCCAGGUGCUUCGUCAUGAAGAGCGAAUACUUUGACAUCUACACGCAGUACUGCACCAACUACCCCAAUUCGGUUGCGGCUCUGACGGAGUGCAUGAGGAAUAAAUCUCUGGCUAAGUUUUUCCGGGAGCGUCAGGCGUCGUUGAAGCGUUCGCUGCCUCUGGGUUCGUACCUGCUCAAACCUGUUCAGAGGAUCCUCAAAUACCACCUGCUGCUCCAGGAGAUAGCGAAACACUUUGACCCGGAGGAGGAAGGCUACGAGGUGGUGGAGGAAGCCAUCUACACCAUGACAGGAGUAGCCUGGUACAUCAACGACAUGAAGAGGAAACAUGAACACGCUGUUCGACUGCAGGAGGUUCAGUCUCUGCUGCUGAACUGGAAAGGUCCGGACCUCACCACGUACGGAGAGCUGGUUCUGGAGGGAACCUUCAAGGUUCAUCGAGCCAAAAACGAGAGAACGCUCUUCCUGUUUGACCGCAUGCUGCUCAUCACCAAACGCCGCGGAGAACAUUACGUCUACAAGACACACAUCUCUUGUUCCACCUUGAUGCUGAUCGAAAGCGCCAAAGACUCUCUGAGCUUCAGCGUCACUCAUUACAAACACCCCAAACAGCCUCACACAGUCCAGGCGAAGACGGUGGAGGAGAAGAAGCUGUGGGCUCAUCACAUCAAACGCAUCAUUCUGGAAAACCACCACGCCAUCAUCCCACAGAAGGCGAAGGAGGCCAUCUUGGAAAUGGAUUCUAUGUAUCCUCCGCGGUAUCGUUACAGCCCCGAGCGGCCGAACAAAGCUCCGCCCUGUCCGUCUGACGGUCGCCAGGGACGACGGCAGUCCGAGCCGACCAGACAGAUACUGAAGAGCACGAAAGCCGUCUUAAAGCACUCAGACAGUGACGGCGUGUUACUGGGGGAGACGCGCUCCCUGCAGCCCGCCGCCAGCAGCAGCACGCUGGGCGAGUCUGAGGCGGAGCGGCCCGCUGAGGAGGAGGAGGAGGAGGGGGAGGGCCGCGGGAAGGAGUCUCUGCAGCGACUGAGCUGCAGUGAGGAAGAAGAGGAGGAAGAGGAAGAGGAAGGGAGGUUGUCUCUUCAGGCGGCGGAGGACAGCGACCCCGAUGACAUCCUGCUGGAGGACGACCAGGUAGCCGACUUCGCUAGCUCGGUGCUGGCUGCCAUCUCCUGCUGGCACUACAGGGCCCAGGCUCUGCUGUCAACUGGGGUCGCCAUGGUGACGGAGGCGGAGGCAGGCGGCGUCUCUUCUAACGGCUGUAACAAAGAAAAUGGAGGACUUCCUGAAGCGAAGGAGCCGGAUAGAACCGAACCGACAUGUGAGCAGCCCUCCACAGAUGAGCUGCCACAGGAGAAGACUUCAGAGUCUGAGUCGGCAGAAAACCCUGAACCAGAACCUCCUUCUGGUCCGGACAGAUUGUCUGCUUCACCUCCCAGGAUCUCAGCGUGUCCUCAGGGGACUGAAGAGCUGAAACCUGAAGGAGAUCCAGAGCCCGCAGAGGAACCGUCCUCUGCUACGCCUGAUUCAGAUGCAAAAACUUUAAGCAGCGGCGAAUCCUCUGAGGAUGAGGAGGGUGAGAAGGAGGCGGCUGAGAGGGAGUGUGAAGCCACCAGCAUCCUCCCCUCGUCUGUCCUGGACAAAGCCAGUGCCAUCGCUCAGCACUUCACCAACAGCAUCAAGCGAGGCAGCCUGGCCCAGGACGAUGCCCGCUCCCCCAGCUGCACAUCACCACGGUUACCCAGCAGAACCGGCAGCUGCAUCAGCCUCAGCACUGAACCCGCCGACCGACCCUUACGGCUCGGCAGCGUCUGUUCUGAUCUUACCGAGACCUUCGGCAACACAGAUUUGACCCAGCUGUCUCCUCAGGAUGACAGCCUCUUUGAUGCUAAUCGAAGCAUUCAGCGAAGGCGGGACUCCAUUCUUUCCAAGCAGGACCAGCUGCUCAUCGGGAAGAUCAAGAGUUACUAUGAGAACGCCGAGAACCAGGACGCCACCUUCAGCCUUCAGCGCAGAGAGAGCCUAACGUACAUCCCAACAGGGCUGGUCAGGAGCUCCGUCAGCCGGCUCAACAGCAUGCCGAAGGAUAAAACUGUGCAGACAAAUCCCUCCACCUCAUCCUCCGGUCUCGACCCUUCCUCAGUGGAGCUAAACUCAGCGUUAGCCUCUGAUACCCGGAGUCACAUGGUGUCAAGUGAUUCCUGGGACUCUUUGAAGUCGGAUCAGAGAAGCACAGAACCUGAAGAUUCACCUUUGAGCACAGGAGAAAGGUCCAGAUCUCAAAGCAUUCAGGAUAAUCCAGCUGAGGAUGAAGAGUUCAGGCCUUCAUCUGAAAUGAUCAAGAUCUGGCAGGCGAUGGAGCAACAGAUCACCAGAUCCCAAAGUGAAGACAGAGGACGUGAUCGACCUCGAGAGGCUUCAAGAAGCUCCAGGGCAAUCAGCGAAGGCCUUUCGGUUACAAGUAAGACACCGAGCAGGAGCUGUGACCUGGAGAGAGGACCCUCUGACCUCAGCACCAUCGCAGAGGAAUCCAUCAGUCCAUUGCCCCUCAAGCACAAAGCCUCCGGGGUGAACCAGACAAGAAGUCUGAAGGACACCCUGAAGGUGUUCGGGGAAGACGCCGUCAUCCUCAAAGCUCCAGUUCCUCGGGUCGCCCAGCUGAAGGCCGAGGCAGAGGGGGAAAGGCCAAGCGAGGAGUCCAACCAGCCGGAUGACUCUGACAAAGCAAAGAGCAAAGUCCUUCAUCUGGCCCGUCAGUACAGCCAGCGAAUCAAAACAGCCAAACCAGUGGUCCGACAGCGAAGCCAAGGCGUCCUGAUCAGGAAGAAGAGCUUACCCUGCGUGGUGGAGGAGAAGGAGAGUUCAGGUAAAUCCAAACUGACUCUGCCGCUGGUUUCUCUGAACCUCGGACCUCCUCUUCCCCUGAGUCCUGUAGACCAGGUGAGGUCUCCGAGCCCCGGCCUCACCUGCAGCUCCCCGGGCCGGGCUCGCUCCCGCAGCCCGCUCAGUCCUCCAGCUCCCACCGAAGGCUUCAACUGGCCAGACGUCCGAGAACUCCGCACCAAAUACUCAGACCACAGCCUCUCCCAGAAGAGUGCUGUCGGCCGGAGUCGCUCCAUCCCAGAGCAGAUGUUUGAUGGCAGUCUGAGGAGACACUCCAGCUGCUCCUCCAGCCUCCUCUCUGACGGAGUCUGCGAUGAGGUUCCUCUGUACAAACCUCAUGUCAGCCGGGACGCCGGCCGUGAGGAACGCAGCAAAAGACUCCACAGAGCCAAUUCUCUGGACCCUCGGCUGAGUGGAGCUCAAAUGAGCGAUCUGCAGAAGCUCCAGGACCAGGUCGCUAACAGUAACUACGCUGGUUACUACGUCGCAGCCGAGGCGCAGCUACCGAACGACCCCGAACACAAGAUCAUCGUCAUGGAGAAGCUUCCAGAGCCUGAGUCAGAGCAACCAAAAACAACCAAAGAACCCAAAGAAGAAGAAGACGACAGCUACGUUCAGAUCCGUUCGCCGACUAGCAGGGAGAAGAUCUCCAUCAUGGCCGUCAUCGACCGCUGCCGGGCCUAUCAGGAGUCUGACGAGUAUAAACAGAGGGAGGAGGUGAAAGCCAAAACGGAGCCGGCGAGGCCUCAAGAGUUUGACACGACGGCAGCGUCCUGUGACGAUCAGGACGACGAGUCCCAGAAAACAAACUCUGGACAGAAGACAGAGUCUGGGCAGCAGAGCAUCGUGAAAAAUCUGAGAGAAAAGUUCCAGAGCUUGAGCUGAAUAAACAGUUCCUCAACUUUUAAAUGAAACUGUAAGAUUUCAUAUCAAAGCUCUGAAAUUAUGAUCCCAAAGAUUUAUAAACAAAAUGCAGAGGAACAGUUUGUUAAACAGUUAUAUGACUUUAAAAAAAAAAAAGUUUGUUUUAAAUCUGUAAGUAGUGAACAGAUGGUCAGUCUGAGUAAAAGAGUUCAUUAUUCCACAGCAACUAUUAAAUGGAGACAAAUUAUGAAAGAAUUAUUUAUAAUUAUUGUAACUUACUUUAAAUUGGCAAACAGAUUAUAUGUAUAAAGAAAACUUGCCAACAUUCAAUGUUUCUCAUGGUUACAGAAUUAUAUAAUAAUUAGAAUUAUCGUCAUUUCCAGAAAACAAGCAUUUAGAAGACAAAAUAUCCUUAAUUAUCUCAACAGCUUCUUCAGCAAAAUAAAAUUUAAUAGAAAUCAUCUUUUCCUGAAUGUCCUCUCUGGCAUUUUGUAGAUAAAUAUCUAGAAACAUGUAAAUAUCUUUAGUCCUGAAAUCCAGAUGAUCAGAAUGUUUGUUAAAAGCACCUUUUUGUACAGGAUGUUGUGUUGUGUGUUGCACAGUUUCAGUCGUUCUCAGUGGAAAAAACUGAUUUUAGGGACUCGUCACCACAUUAAGGGAUCGGUCUUCUUGCAGUUUUCUUCUCUGCGGGCGUAAAAGCUUCAUAUGUUUAAGUCCCAGCAGAGACUUUAAUGCUUCACUGUACAGAUUAAAAAGUAUCUGUGUGAGUCACUGCUGAAGAGGACUAACCACUAAACUUCACCUCUACAAACGUAUUCAUGGCUGUACAAAGUUAUCUUCAUAUUAAAGGAACGGUUCGACAUUUAGGUAAACACUCUGGUUCUGUUUUCUCCACAUGUGUCAGAUGGAUCAGUUCCAUCUCUGUGCAUCCAGGAUGUGUUUAGCGUAGCUUAGCACAAACACUGGAAGCAGAGGGAAACUGUUAGCCGAGCUCCAUCGAAAGAGAAAAAACAUCCAUAGAAAUGUAAAAAGGAGACAUUUUGGCCUCGUGCAGGAACAACUCGUAUGAAUAUAUUUGUUCUUUAAACCUGUCCUACGAGUCAUGUACAGAUAGUCUUCUCAGUUUGACUUCAGACUUCAUCUGAAUCUGUAGGAAUAUUUUCCUCUAAUACGACUACUGACGCUGCUAAAUUUGUUCUGUCGUCUGCUGAUUUCUGACAGCAGGACUCGAAAUUCUUCUUUUUACUGUUUUGGAACAUUUUGAUGAAUGAAUCUUGCCGUAGCUUGGCUUUGAUAAUGUAAUUAAUAAAAAAUCUGACAACCUUCUCAUUAACAGGCGACUUUCAUCACAUUGAAACAAACGAUUUAAGUGUUUUUUUGCAGUUGAAAUAAGAAGAUUUUCUGAAUCAAGUCAAGGAUUCUUGCGUAAAACCUGCUGUGGUUUUAGCAGCCGUUAGCUUUGGAGCUAUUUGUUGAUCUGUCACCAGGUUUGAUCUCUAACCAGCUGAUUACAGGAUGAACUGCUGACUCACUGAUUAGUUAACAAGACUGAUUCACUAAACACUGAAUUGUUCCUUCAGUCUUCUGCAGUUUCAUGUAAGAAAACUGUCCAAAGUCUAAAUGUGGCCUGAUUUCUGUCUGUUUUUAUGAAAAUCUUUGGUAUCUUGAUACAUCAACAGCAUCACAGCAUUCAGAUGUGCAGACGACCAAACCUAAUGAGAAACAAGUGAAUGAUUUUUAAAAAUGGUCAAAAAAAAAAAAAAAAAUUAACCAAUACAUUUAAAAAAGACCUAAAUUAUUUUACCUCAGUAUACAAAUUAUGAUGAAUUUAUGAAUUAUACAUUAAUGGUCAUAAUUCUCUGUUUUUGUGCCUUUUAGUUUUUAUAAUGUGCUCAGUUUAUUUGAACAUUUUAUUAAAAUUUUUCAUUUAUUUAGUUUGUUAUUAGUAACAUUUUGUUUCAGUACAAACCAGCUGUUCAUCUUUUAUCCAGAACAGCUUUUAAUAAAUUAGUGAGACGAACCAUUUAAGCACUUUGCUCACUGGCACAUCGGCUGAUUCUGGACUUGAACCUGUGACGUUUCCGUGACCACUCAUCCUGUCAGUCGACCAGCGUUAACUGUCCUGUACGUCCUAUUUAUUUGAUCUGAUGUAAAUAGAAACACAUUUACUGUCUGUAACUGUGGUUACGUGUGUGUAUGUGUGUGUGUUGUAUGUACAGAAAUGUUUGCACGUCUGUUCUGUUUCACAUUAAAACCACAUACAGCAGCAA